GUCGUGUCUUUGUGUCUUUGUGUCUUUGUGUGCUGUAGAUGUGAACGUGGAGCGAGUGAUCGGCCUGCUGCUGAGGGAAGCUGGAGACAAACUCAACGAACAGGAGCUGCUGGACGCGUCUGUGGCCGCGGAGGUUUUUUGGAAAUACAGUUUCUUUGAGAAACUAAUAAUGACGCUCCUGACCAGGAUGGGCCUCAGGAGCCAAAACCCCGACUCCCCGGGGCCAAAAGCGUCCCCCAAAACCCAGAUCGCCGUGACCUGUGAGGUCACCAGCCGUCUGUCAGCGGUCAGAUCGCUGCCCGGGAGCCAACUGCUGGACCACGGGGCCCGAUACCUGCAGCAUCAUUACUCAGCCUGGGCUCAGCAGCAGGGAGGAUACGAAGAAGCUUUUUACAGUGACGACGAGGACGACAUCCAGUGAGCAGAAAGAAACGUCCGUUUGGAGACACGGGGAACAAAAAAAAGACUCAGGACACUUGAACAUUCUGCCACUUUGAGUUUACAUGAACCCAGACCUGACCUAUGACCUCUGUGCCUGUGUCAUCAUGGUAAUCUGGGUUUUCUUUUCAUAAUUAAUAAUAUUAUUCAGGUCUGUCUCAGGUCGACAAUUCUCUAAAAAAUCUUUAAAAACCUAAAAGGAAACUAUUUCCAUAGCAUUCCUGUUUUGAUGAUUCAAUAAUAAUUAAGUUUCACUGUUUUUCAGGGACAUGUCGGCUUCCUGUAGCAUCAUUAAAUCAGCCCAAAUUGUUCCUGAAAAUUGGUGGAAAACAAAAUAUUUUUUUCAAAAAAUGCAUUAAUUAUUUUUCAGCACUUGCACUUUUUUUUAAAUGAAAUUAAUUAAUAUUUUUUGCUUUGAAAAUUUCUUAGGGACUUGCCAAGUUUCUUAUCUUUUAUUGUUGUUGCUGGUGUUUGUUGCAUUAGUUUUUUUUUUGUUUGUUUUUUUUUUUUUACUUUUUUCAGGAUGUACCAAAGAAAUGUUGUAUGAGUGUUAAUUUUGCACAUGAAUUCAAAAAAAUAAAUAAACUAUUUGUAUUGAA